AUGUUUUCCUCGCCGUAUUGUUUGUUAUCCUGUGUUAUUUUACUACUGUUUAGUCCAAAAACAUGCACAGGAGACAUCCCAUCCCCACCUUUAGUUCUGUAUGGUCCUGAGGAACCGGAGUGGACGGACGUUCUGGUGCGAAGAGUGGGAGACAACUUGACCCUGAUCUGUGAGCUGAGGGGGACCACUCCGCGGAGCUUGUUCGUUUGGAACAUACCAGAGAAUGGCACUAUUGGCAUAAGACCAUACAAAGUGGACGCCGGGUCAGGGACCAGCACUUCCACGAGUUCAACCUUCAUCAAAGAACAGGUGGGGAUUUCAGACAGCGGCCAGUACAUGUGCUCUUCACCACCAUUCAGCGUCACCAAAUAUAUAUUGGUACAAUCUCGAGGUCCGAAGUACUGCGGCCGGGGUACGUUCUGGUGUGGCACACGGUGUAUGGCGCCCCAGUACGUGUGCGACGGACGAGCUGACUGCGCUGAUGAUGAAGACGAGGCGCCCCACAUGUGCUCACAGCAUAUAUGUUCUAGGCCUGACAAGCUGAACUGCUCGACGGGCCGGUGUAUAUCGGAGGCGGCCUGCUGCAGGACAGUGGGUCCCUUGUGUCAGCAGCCUUCUUGCUGCGAUGAACAUCCACAUAACUCGCGACUGGAAGGUUACGUAGACGUGGAGUACCCGGCGCUGUUCGACGACAGACACGCCCCGGACGACUACGGGUUCAUACAAUCUACCAUUUAUACCGUAACAGCGUGCGCGCUGAUCUUCAUGCUGGCGGUGGUGCUGCUGGUGUCGGCCAUCUGCAAGAUGCACAUGAAACGUGCUGCGCUGCGCAGCUACGCGCACGCCGAGCGCGCCACCCGCCAGCACUACAGCGUGCAGUACGCGCAGACGCAUCGGUUCCCGCCUUGCUAUGAAGCCUCUCGGCUGUUGGAGGCAGAGGCUCGGGCCCCGGCGUCGCCCGCCAGAGACACGUCGCUACAGUGCAGUCCGGAGUGUGGCCCCGAAGCUCCCCCAGCGGAGCGGUCUGGUGGGGGACUCACCAGGCUCUCUGCUAUCUUCUCGUCUAGGUAUAGACAGGUGCCAACUCAACCACCUGACGUAGAACUAACAAAUGUUCGCUCCACAUCCCUCAACAAUUCACCAACCAGGAACCGAAUCUUAGAUAACUACAGAAGCCCGACGUACUGCGAUCUGAACACCUCAGAGUUCUUCUUCACAAACCCAGAAACCGGUGACUACGGACGAGACUUGAACUAUAUGGCGACACCGAUUGAGCUUAUGAGGAACAGGAAUUCUAGCAUCGAACGCGUCAUCGACCAGUUGGAUAGACAACGGUUGACGCUGCAACUCGGCCGGUUUCAACUGUCCAUACCCAGGUUCGGACGCCGGAACGAGUCGGAUCGUAGACCAGACACUCCAAACGUCGCAGAAAUCAACAUCGAUGAUUUGGAUUUCGUUCGGAUGACAUCACACGACACCUACACCCUCAACGGUAGAACCAUCAGGUUGUUGGGGGCGAAUUUCGAAAACUACCCCCUAUUACCCGACGGUACGAGACCUCCACCGUACAACGAAGCUAUGAGAUGCAAGUUUUUCGGACCACCCCCCGAAUAUUUGAGUAGGGAAGGGUUGAACUCGAGGGUGGAUGAGGAAGCGAGGAAUAAUGUGGAAAUGCCACCUUGUUACGAUGAAUUAAAUGGUGAAAAUAGCAAUAACAAUAAUCCAGUUGCGUCUGGUUCUGGUAAUAAUAAUAAUGUUGAAACUAUUGAUUCGGCAAAUAUUGACACCGUCAGAGAUAGAUCUAUGGCCAAUGAUAACAUAAUGCAUAUUGAGAGGCAGCAGAUUCAGAUUGCUCUAAUUGGAGACGCCCGACAGGGAAAGCGCCCUUACCUUAUAGAACUACGCAGUUAA